CUCGCCCCUUGAUACCCACGACAUCCCGCCGCCUCCUCGCCGCUCCCGCCGUGCUCCCGCCAAACGCCGCCGGCUGGAAACGGCGCUGAGGGCGGGCCGGGCCGGCCGGGGCGGGGCGGGGCGGGGCGGGGAAGCCCCUCAGGGCUGCGGGGCCCAGGCCUGGCCGGGCCGGGCUCGUCGGGUCACGCCGUGCGCGGUGGGCGAGGCCGGAGCAGGGCGAAGCUUCCCUGUGCAGAUGGGCGUGCUCUAUGGAUGAGCCUCGGUCCUGAAGGAUGGCCAGCAGUCCCAGGAAUAACACUUCCCUCUCUGCUCAGAAAGCCACACAAUUGGAAAAUUCCCAAGGGAAGAAGCCCCAGCACACAGAAGAAGCAAACUUCUACAUGAACUGCAGAGCAGCUUACCUGACUGUUCUGAAAAGCAGCUUAGAAAAUAUCAAAUCAAGAGAGCAGCUCAGCCUAGUACUUCAACAGGCUGGAAGAAAUCCAUCUCAGAAGACCAUUAAUAAAUACUGGACUUCACAAACAACUGCACUAAAUUUUGAUGAUUUUUGUGCUAUUUUAAAACAAGAAAAGCCAGUUACAAAAACUGAGCUGCUGGAAGCAUUUGGAAAAAUAGACACAGAUAAGACUGGAUAUAUCUUACAUGAUGAGCUCUAUAAAAUCCUUACAACAAGAGGCGAUAAAAUGACUUGGGAUGAAGUGAACACAAUUACUAAACAGACUGAUUUUAACUGCAGUGGCAAACUUGAUUACAGCAAGUUUUGUGAGCUGUACCUGACCACCAGGGAGCAGAGCUGCAGGACCGCCCGGGAGAGGCUGGAAGUUGACAGCAGGUUGAGGCAGCAGCGGUUUGGAAAUCAAGCUGAAACUUCCUCUGAAGGGAUCACACUGCCAGUGCCAAAACCAUCCCCCAGAAUCUCCAAAAAACAUGAUCAAAGACUACCAAAAGGUGACAGCAGAGCUCCUUCAAGACCCUCAUCAGCCCAAAGCGGCAAAGCUUCCAGUUGUCCCGCUGUCAGUGGGGGUUCCAGCAGCAACAGGAGCACAAAGCUAAUUGAGCCCGGCACAAUGAAGGAAUGGCAGUGUGCACAAUCCAAGGGCUGCUUCUACUUGGAAGAAGACGGUGAAAUCAUCAGUCACAAGUACAGGGUGCACUUCCCUCAGAGGUCCUCAGUUUGUGUCACCAUCAAGCCUUUAAAUGUUCCCCAGGUAGAAGGAAGAUCUUGUCACUGGUUGUCAGUGGAUACAGCUUUGUUUAUUCUGAAGGAGAACGAAACCCAAGAGAAUCUACAGCUUGUGAGCUUUACUGAAGUACAAAACAAAGAGAUGUUUGGCUGGAAAGGGGAGCUUGGAUCUGGGAAUUACUGGCUGCUCCCGUUCACAACAGGCUGCAGGCUGAGGAAGGGGAAAACACAAAUUGCUGGAGAAGCAAAAUUGGUGUAUAGGGAUGAAGAUGGAGAGCUGGCCCUCACCAAGGACUUCAGAGCUGCUCUAUUGGAUAUAUUUGAAACAAUAGAUUUGGAUGGGAAUGGCCUCUUGAGUCUGGAGGAAUACAACUUCUUUGAACUGAGAACUAGUGGGGAGAAGUGUGAUGAGGAAGCAUGGGCUGUGUGUAAAGAGAAUUUUGAGAUGAAGAAGAAUGAACUCACGAGACAAGGAUUCCUGGAUUUGAAUCUCAUGGAAGCCACGGACCGGGAGGGGGAUCCCAGUGACCUCUGGGUCACUCUGUUGUCCCUGGGCUACAACAAGGCCUUGGAAAUGAUGGAGGCCUGUCCCUUUGUCAUCGACAUCCACGCCGAGAGGUGCAAACCCCGGAUGAAGGCCGUGUGUCUAGAGGCAGGGGGCUUCCAGCUCAGCAGGGCUCUCUGCUGGGCUGUGGUGAGCAAAGGACAGCCCAAAGCACUGGAUGGCUCUGACAGCAUCAUCGCCUACACCUACAAAUCAGGCAGGAGAAUCACUUCUGUUAUUGAAAAUAAGUCUGAAAACAAAGUGAUUGUUCGUGUCAACAAUGAGCAGAGUAAGAACUGCCUAAAUAGCAGGGGACUUACAGUUUUUGCUGUAGAAGUGGCACUGAAAUCCAUGAUGGUGUGUCAGCACGUGGUGCCCCUGAACGAGCAGGAGGAGUGGAUUUAUAACUGUGCGUACUCCCUUGUGCGUUAAACCUUCUGGUCACAAGCUGGGAAUGUUCACACCAAACCAGGAGUGGGUUUGGGCAGCUUCCAGACAAUUUGUAGUCUCGUCCUUCUCAAAGAGCUGCCAUACACUGGUGCUUUGCAGGGUUUGAUCUGUUAAAGCCAACGAAUCACAUAUGUCUGAUAUCACUCAUUUCUGCUAAGGCUGUGAAGAAACACGUACAGUGAUAGAUUAGGGUGGAAUAAGUGGUAGCUGAAGUAAGGAGACUGAAGUGCACCAAGUUGAGGCUGCAACAGCAAAGAAAACCAGCUUUGAGGAAAGGAAUGGUUAAGGCUGAAGGAAGUGCUUAGUGGAGAAAUCACUGCUCGUGAAAGACUUGGUUUUGCUGCAGGUAAAACACAUGGCACAGCAACAGGGGAACUUCAUUUAUUUCCUGAUCCUCUUGCUGCUAGGAAGGGUUUAAUUACCAAGAUUUUAAAGUGGGAAUGUGGGCAAGCUCUCCAUGGUAGGCUCUGCCUUUCCUGCCCUGGAGGAGGUGAGAAUAGAGAUCUCAGAAUCUGCAGAUUCUUUACCAAUUUGCUUCAAGUCCAGCUCCAGCAAGACAGAAAAACAUUCCAGCUUCUCUUUUCAAGGCUGAACACAGGUACCAGCUUAUUUUCUUCAAGGGGAGACAUUUGGGAGAAAAGGUGUCUGUAACACCUGUAAUUACCUUUCUUUUGAG